CAGCAUGCCACGCCUGACCUCGCCUAAUCCACCCACCCCUCUCGCCCUCCCAUAAAUUCUCUCUUCCCCUCCGCGGAUCAAUCCCUCCACCUCCCCCCACCGCGUCUCCUCUCUCUCCUCCCCGGCUCCCCCCGCCUUCCCUCGGGACCUCCGGCCGCGCGCCUCUCCUCGUCACCCGCGGCCCCAGCUCUGCCCGGCGCCGUCUCGGCCGCGGCUGAGGAGACCGCCCCCCGUCGCCGAUCCGAUCGGGAGCCGGAGGUUAAGGGGGCGACAUGGCAGCGGCCGGCGCCGACUCCGAUCCCGCCUCGGCUGUCCCCGCCGUCUCCACCUGCGCGCACUGUCAGCGCGAGAUCCCAUCUUCCAACAUCGACUUGCAUUCUGUACACUGUGCCCGUAACCUCCAAAAGUGCCAGCACUGUGGAGAAAUGGUUCCAAGGAAGCUUAUGGAUGAACAUUAUGAUGAAAACCAUGCACCGAUGAAUUGCACUCUUUGCAAAGAAACAAUAGAACGUGAAAGUUGGGAUCUUCAUAAAAGUGAAAAGUGCCCACAAAGAAUGGUUGCCUGUGAAUAUUGCGAGUUCGAACUGCCUGCAGUUGAUCUGAAAGAACAUCAGGAUGUAUGUGGAAACCGAACGGAAUAUUGUCAAACAUGCAGAAAGUAUAUUAGACUGCGUGAGUGGAUAGGGCACGAAAUACAGUGCCAUACAAACUCAAAUGGCUCUGCAGAAACGUCUAG